AAUUAGUAUAUCCAAUAAACGUUGAACUUUAUUGUAAAUAUAGCAGAUGUCAAUCAACGCAAAAUUCGGGAAUCUGGCGUCUAGCUCCAAUGAGAAUACACGAAAGUUUAAAAUCGAGCACCGGCCUGCUCAAAAUGCAAGGAAUACCAUCAAAGUUCAAGACCGUAGCAGUCAAAACAGACAAGGAGAUAUGAAAAACAACUACGCUUCUAGUCAAAAAAGAGAUGGCGCUCGUAGAGAUUGGCCUCAGAGAUAUCGUCAAUCACGCCACUACUCAAGACCUCGAGUUACACGUGAGACAUUGGAUAACGAACUAGACGAAUACUUCUCAAAGAACCCCAAAGUCGCAGAAGAAAAAUUGAAUGAAGAGCUCGAUUAUUAUAUGUCUCAGCGCAAUGAAAAAGAUACAAGUUCAGUCCAACCUUCAUAGCAAAGAUAGAAGGAGUGAUAUUGCCAGUACUAAAUGUUCGGCACUCUUGUCACAUACAACAUAAUAUACACACGUUAUCAUGAGUAAAUCCAGAAGCUUGCCAUGAACAAUAAGAGUAGUGUGUAACGCGCGUCUAAGUAAUCUUAAAAAAAUGAUUGUUAAGGCGAAUGGCAAAAACAGCUUACUGAGUUGAAGUAUAUAUGA